AUGCUGUGGACGGGCGAAAGGCGCAGAUGCUGCGCAUCUCCACACAGCUGGAGGAAUUCAGCAGUCUUCGUCGUCUUGCUUUGUGUGGCGAGCGAACUGUCUCUCUGUUCCGCAAAUCAACGCCACACUUUCAUAGCGUGUCCCACCAGAACCUCUUACACCGUUUCUCGGUACUGCUACGGCUUCUACGUUACACCGUUGCCAUUCUUUGGGGUCGGAACUGGAGGCUACUGUAGCACCGGGCAAGUUCGGACACCUGAAGCCUCAAGUUCCAUCCCGACCGUCAGUUUCUUUGUCUCCAACGUCCAGCGCUAUCUGACAUUUCCCUCAAUUUGCCUCAAACAUCGUGCAGAACGGCAACAAACUCCGUAUAGUGACCGAAGGGGGAUGCGCGCAACUGCGGCGGGAAACCACGUCCCAACGGCCUUCAGUUCGCCAUUCCGGCAUCUGAAUUUCCAAAGUUCGUUCUUUCCUUCAGACAUCACUGGAUUAUUUUCGAAGAAGAAUAUUCCAGUAAAUGCUUUUUGUGAUAGCGUACUUGAUAGAAACCAUCAUUCUUCAAAUGGGCCUGGGACCGCUGAUGCGCGUAUCCCGGCGCGGUCGUCAGCAAGGAGGCGACCAAACGAUGGAAGGGAUCCAAAGGUGGAAGAUGGAAGUCUUCCAUGUGGCACAUAUGUUGUAUCUAGUGAAUCAUUGUUUUCGCAUCCUGCAUCAGAACGCCUCGAUCGGUCUUUGAGCAAAGAACUGGGCAUCUCUCGCACGCUGGCAGCGUCGUACUUUAUCCGAGGACACCGGGUGCUGGUGAAUGAAACAGCGUGUACGACACCGAGUCGAAGGCUUAGAAGCGGUGACAAGGUUACCUAUUUUCUUCCCUCCAGCCACAAGCCCAGAGAAAGGAAUACUGAGGAAGCAUCCUGCGAGAGAGCCGAUGAUACCGAUAUGCAAAAAGCAGUAUGCCGUGACGGAUCAGCCGAAUUUAGUGACACAUCUGCUCCUGCCAUGGAUCGGCAAGGACACUCGGUUGAUAAUCUGGCGGAUCCAGACAGUGUGGAAUCAGUCGUAACCGACGAGGUGCCGGGUAACGUUGAUAAGGCGUCCCCGAACGGAGCUGCUGUCAUGCGUGUUGUGAAAACGUCACCUGUGGGCAGGCGCUCUGGUAGUGAUAACGUGACACACACCGGGAAGUUGCCACAGCCUAACUCUCGGAUAGGGUUGCAGGAAAAGAAAUACUGGGUGGGCGUGUACAGUGAUGCUGAUCGAAGUUUGCUGACGCUGCUGCCGGACGAGAAGCCCCUCGAUGUCCUUUAUGAAGACGACGAUAUCGUGGUGAUUAACAAACCCGCAGGCCUCCUCACACACCCGCCUCAAUUAACUGUCGAAAAUAUCGACAAGCACAACCGUCUCGGCUCCGUUGUACAACGCCUUUUUUACAAGUUCCUUUGUUCGGACGGCAUGUUCCCAGAAACGUUUCUUCCUCUAGCGAAGCAGGCUGCUUUCCGGAAACUGAACCGCAACGGGUGCACUAUGGCUUCUCGCAAGACUGAGGAACACCCGUUUAAGGAGAGCACUGGUGAUGCUGGUGGUGAAGCACCUGUGGAAGGGCCUAGAGGUCCAACAGCGGAAUGUGCCGAUGGGCCGUCGUCGGUGCGUAUGCCCAGGAUGCAGCUCGCCCUUCCUGAGGCAAUAUCGCGACCUGUGUCUAUAGUGCACAGGCUUGACAUUGGAACCAGCGGCGCACUCGUGGCUGCAAAGACUGCUGCUGCAGCAGAAAAUCUGAAGCUUCAGUGGGCAGAGAGGAAAGUCCUCAAGGGGUACAUCGGACUCUGCACCCCAGAGAUCCACUCGCUCCACGAGGUUGACGCCCCGCUCCGAAGGCACCCAACGCAGAGGGGGAGAAUGGAAGCUUUGAGUAACGAAAGCAGAUCCAGUUUCCAUGAUGUGUGCGACGAAACCGCACAAAAAGAUCACUCUAGUUAUCGCAUUGGUGCGAAACCUGGGGUCUCUGUGUUUGCUCCGCUUGGAGGCAAUGGCGCGUAUGGCAUGUUUGCAGCACUGGCUCUGACAGGAAGAACCCACCAGAUCCGAGCACACCUCGAAUACAUUGGCCACCCUCUCCUGGGAGAUCUAGUUUAUGGAAACCAAACAGUUAACGAGGAACUGCGGAGGUUCGUAAAGAAUGUUGUUGUCAACCCACGCCAUCACAGGGAAGAGGCUGCUACAAGGAUGACGAGAAAAGAAGUACAGGUUUCGUGCUGCGACGCAGGGCCGGAUGUGUUGGCGCCCGCGGGAAAUGUCAAAGUGCACAUGCGACCCUUCUUACACGCUUAUUUUCUACGCUUUGCCCACCCUCGCACUGGCGCAGCGGUCAAUAUUAAAGCUCUGCCGCCUGCUGACAUCUGCCAAAUCGCAGGGAAGAUAGGUGUAGAUUGGGAAUUGAGGGCAGAUGCUGCCUUCGAAAGAAUUCAUUUGAACGGAUUUUAG